AUGCUAUGUGUGUCACAGUGGUGUUUAUUCUGGUGUGUUUUAUUCACAGAUGGACCUAAUCAAGUGAUACUGUCUCCAAAUAGAACGUCAUUUACUUUUGACGAAGGAGACGAUGUUCCAGAUGUCACGUGCGAGGCAGACUGUCAACCAGAUUGUUGUUUAAUGUGGAUAACACCAACUGGUCAAGUGAAAUCAAAUGGAAUCUUGCGUUUACCGAAAAUCAAUAGAACGCAAGCAGGGAUAUAUCUGUGCAAUGCUAGUAAUGAUGUAGGCAAUAUGGUAUCAGAUGGUGUAACGAUUAAUGUCCGUUAUGGACCAGAAAAAGUGACUAUUUCUCCAAAUAAAACAGAAUACGUCGUGAAUGAAGGAGAACAUGUCCAUGAUAUAAACUGUUCAGCGGAAUAUGGACCAUCUCUUGUUGUACUCUCUCCAAACAAAACGGAAUAUGUAAUAAAAGAACACGAAUCUUUACCUGAUAUCUCAUGCAAUGCGACUUGUAAACCCAAGUGUGUGGGAACAUGGACCAUUGAUACCGGUGAAUUUGUUUCUGACGAUAUCUUAAGUUUCCCUACCAUCAAACGGAACCAAUCUGGGUCAUAUAGAUGUAAUAUCAGUAACAGCGUCAGCAGUAUGAUAUCUACCUAUGUUUCUGUUAUUGUUACAUAUGGUGCAGAAAUACGAGACAUUACUAUCGACGGUGAAAAUUUCACGAUUCCUGAAAAUGUAGAAAAACGACUUAUUUGUGAAAUUGAUGGUGUUCCUAAGCCAUAUGGACGAUUGUUUCAUAAUGAAAAAGAGAAACUAAGCUCUAUAAAUCCAAUUGUUACUGUGAUGGUUCCUUUGUGUAAUGAUACCGGAAAUUAUACCUGUGCAGCAGAGAAUUCCGAAGGAAAAGCCAAUCAAACCAAAGAACUGUUUGUAUUGUGUUCACCUAGACCAGUUGUUGGCCUACUACCCAAAAUUGCAGUCGGCAAUGACAGUAUUUUGGAAAUAAAUGUGAUAUUUUUUUCUUACCCACAACCAAAAAUAUCUUGGACGUUUAGUGUAAAUGGUUCCAAUGAAAUAGUGAAAUCAAAUGAUACAAUUGGCAUAUAUCAACAUGUAUCAUCAAUUUAUAUUACUGAUAUGAAGACAUCUCAGUAUGGAAUGUACGUUCUACAAGUAACAAAUGGAAUUCCAAAUGAUUUCAAGCACACCUUUGAGGUGUUGCCACAACGUAAGUAA